UCAGGAUGAGGAUUGUACACACUGCGUUCCGGCCCGGCUUCUGUUUCUCAGCGGCUGGGGCCAAAACUGUGAGUUACACAGCGCACUUUAUCUCACUUCUGGAGCUCUAACACGAUUUUCAUGGUCGACUACUUGGAUCAGGAGAUUAGUUUGUGUGCUACCAAGCCUCUUCCUGAAAGGGUGAAGAUUGUGGAAGUUGGACCGAGGGACGGACUGCAGAAUGAGAAGACCAUUGUUCCAGCUGAAGUGAAGAUCCGUCUGAUUGACAUGCUCUCUGAGGCGGGACUUCCUGUUAUUGAGGCCACGAGUUUUGUCUCUCCAAAAUGGGUUCCACAGAUGGCUGAUCAGGAGGAAGUGAUGCAAGGCAUCAACAGGAAACCUGGAGUGAAUUAUCCAGUGCUGACUCCUAAUCUGAAGGGUUACAGAGCUGCUGUGAAGGCAGGUGCAAAGGAGGUGGCAAUAUUCGGCGCUGCUUCAGAACUCUUUAGUAAGAAGAACAUAAACUGCUCUGUGGAGGAGAGUCUACAGCGCUUUGAGGAAGUGAUGGCAGCUGGCAAACAAGAAGGGAUCCCUGUACGAGGCUAUGUGUCUUGUGUCCUGGGAUGUCCUUACGAAGGAAAAGUCUCGCCGCUGAAGGUAGCCGAGGUGGCGAAGCGUAUGUACGCGAUGGGCUGUUACGAAAUCUCACUGGGUGACACAAUCGGUGUGGGUACGCCAGGCAGCAUGUCUCAGAUGCUGGAGGCGGUGAUGAAGGAGGUGCCGGUCGACGCCCUGGCUGUUCACUGCCAUGACACAUACGGCCAGGCGCUCGCUAACAUCCUGGUCGCUCUGCAGAAGGGCAUCAGCGUCGUUGACUCGUCUGUAUCAGGUUUGGGUGGCUGCCCGUACGCUCAGGGGGCUUCUGGAAACGUUGCAACUGAAGACGUUGUGUACAUGCUGCAAGGACUCGGGAUCCAUACGGGAAUCGACCUGCAGAAGCUGAUGGAUGCUGGAGCGUUCAUCUGCCGCUCUCUUAACAGACGAACCAGUUCCAAAGUUUCUCAGGCUUUGUGCAAACUGUGACCUCAACUUAGGAGUGUGUGCAUAUACAGUGCCAUGAAAAAGUAUCUGCCUCUUUUUUUUUUUUUUUUUGCAAAUUUGUCACACUUAAAUUAUUGAGAUAUUGAAACAAAUUUUGAAAUUACACAAACAUAACAUAUAAAAUGCAAUUUACUUUUUCAUAUUGGUCCAGGUAGGUUUGGACGGCUUUUUUCCCUUAUUAAAUUUAAUCAUCAUUUAAAAACUGCAUUGUAAAUUGCAAUUAACUUGGAUUAUCUUUGUAUAGUAUUAAAAUUAGUUUGAUGUCACAUAAAUUAUUUAUGUGUGACAAAUAUGCGAACAUAAAAAUUCAGGAAGGGGGCGAUUGCUUUUUUUAUGGCACUGUAGAUGUGUGUGUUUUGAUUCUGUCUGUUUUGGAACCAUGUCCCUCUGUCCUGUUCCCUCUGAUCAACUGGGUAGCCUUCAUCAUGAUCUCUUUGAGCCUGCCAUUUCCUGCAAAAGAACAGGAAGCUCACAUCGCCCUGCAGGGACUAAUGAACGGAUACAUGAUAUUGUGUACGCGUAUUGUGAAUCCUGUUUCCAGCUGAUACACACUUUCCAUUUAGUCCCAUAAUUGAAGGAAGCUGCCUAAAUCAGGGGCUUGUUUUCAGAAGACACUUGCACUAGAAGAUUUCCCAUGACUAGGUCUGUCAUUUUAUAUAUACACACAGAUGCACACACAUUUCAUGUCUGUUUAUUAGGGAAGCGACUGCUUCUCGUCUGGGUGCCUCGGAUUUGACGGUGUGAGUGUGUGUGGCUGGCAGUGAGCUCCAGUCUGGUAUAAACAUACAGAAGCAAGUGUGUAAAACUGUUUAGUGUCUUACAAUUUAAGAAAGCAGUUCAACUUCUUCUUGAUGGCGAUAUUGAUUAUUUUCAACACUAAACCUAAAAUCAAGUAAAGGUGUUAUUUCGUCAUAAGGUGUUAA